AUGGCCCCAAAAAACCCGGGGCCCGGAUCCGGAACAGAUGCGCGCUGCAAAGUUGUGCCCUCUUGUUUCCCCCUCUCCGCUCUGCUUCAGCUCACCGGAGUCCUGGACGACUGCUUCUGUGACGUCGAGAGCAUCGACGUCUUCAACAACUUCAAGAUCUACCCUCUAAUCAAGAAGCUCACGGGGAAAGACUACUUCAGAUACUACCGGGUGAACCUGAGGCGGCCGUGUCCCUUCUGGCCCGACGACGGACAUUGUUCCAUCAAAGACUGCCAUGUGGAGCCCUGCCCAGAGAGUAAGAUCCCGGUGGGCAUCAAGUCUGGGAACUACAAUAAGUACUCUCAUGCGCCGAUCAACGUUUCGGACGUGACGGAGUGCGAGCAGAUCAAGGAGCUGGGUGCCAUCAACAGCACCCUAAGUCACCGGAGUAAAGAGGCGUUCGCCGACUGGGCGAGACACGACGACGCUCAGGACUACUUCUGUGAGCUGGAUGAUGAAACCUCUCCAGAUUCUGAGUACGUGGAUCUGAUGCUGAAUCCGGAGCGAUUCACUGGGUACAAAGGUCCUUCGGCCUGGAGAGUCUGGAACAGCAUCUACGAGGAAAACUGCUUCAAGCCCAGAUCGGUGUACCGACCUCUGAACCCUCUGACUCCCAGCAGAGGAGUCGACGAUGAAGAGGUGUUCUACAAGUGGCUGGAAGGCUUGUGUUUGGAGAAGAGAGUCUUCUACCGACUCAUCUCGGGCCUCCACAGCAGCAUCAACAUCCACCUGUGUGCAGAGUACCUGCUGGACGAGGGGUGGGGCUCCUCGGUCUGGGGUCCGAACGCCGCGGAGUUCCGCCAGCGCUUCGACACGGCGGAGACGAAGGGCGAGGGCACGCGGCGCCUGAAGAACCUCUACUUCCUGUACCUCAUCGAGCUGCGGGCGCUCUACAAGGCGGCGCCCUACUUCGAGCGGGCGUUCAUCAACCUGUACACGGGGAACCUGAAGGAGGACGCCGCCACCAAGAAGCUGCUGCUGCAGGUCUUCAAGGAGAUCAAAUCGUUCCCGAUGCAUUUUGAUGAGAAGUCGAUGUUCGCCGGACACAAGACCGAAGCCAAGAUACUAAAGGAGGAUUUUCGCCUCCAUUUCAAAAACAUCUCCAGGAUCAUGGAUUGUGUCGGCUGCAGUAAAUGUCGCCUGUGGGGGAAAAUACAGACCGAGGGCCUCGGCACGGCCCUGAAGAUCCUCUUCUCGGAGAAGGAGAUCCAGAAGCUUCCGGAGCACAGCCCCUCCAAAGGCUUCCAGCUGACUCGCCAGGAGAUCGUGGCGCUGAUCAACAGCUUCGCCAGGUUGUCCACCAGUAUCCAUCAGCUCAACAGUUUCCGCCUGCUGCUGGAUGACAAGAGGUGACAGGCGGCGGCGCCCUCCCUCCCGUGGCCAGUAGGCGGCGCCACACCUGCAAUAGUCUAAUCUUCACCCAAAGGAAGGUCUUUUAUCUCCAUGGACGGCAGGAUCAGCCGUAAACACAACAACAACAACAACACCCGCCCCCCCCUUCAACAAACACGCCCUCCUCCCGUGAAUCUCUCUCCUGUAGAUCAUGAAUGUUUUCUCCUCCGUCGGGAAAGUCUAAGAACUUCCCCGACGUCUUUUUCUCUCUGCUGUAAAACGUGUUCGCCGGUGUACAAACCUUUUUUGUUUGUGGUUUAUUUAUUUAUUAAUUAUAUUAUCAUAUAUUAAUUAUAUAUCUGAAUGAAACUUCCAGCGCGGCGUCCAGCGGGCGACGAAGUGUCCGAGUUUCGUUUUGAAGCCGAGAACUCUCAUCGCUUCGCCACGGUCGUUUCCUCUUUCUCGCUGGCCCCGCCCCCUCUGCUGACAUCACUUCCGCGGAUGUUUUUCCCCAGAGGAGGGGGCUCGGUCGGGUUCUCCAUACAUGUAAGAUUUAAUUAUUGUUCUUUUCCUCUCUUCUCUCGAUCUUUUCUCCUUUAGUUGUUUUUAGAUACGUUUGUUGCUCAAAGCCUGAGAACUCGGACCAAUCUGCUCGUGUUAACCAUCUCAGGCCGUGUGCGUGUGUGCGCGUGUGUGUGGGCGGAUCAUCGUUUCAAUUAUGAAAUUAUAGUUUAAACAACUCGUUAAAUAUGUGGCUUCAAGCUUAACACGCCUAUAUUAUAUAUAUCUAUGUUAUUGUGUUUUAUUUGUAUUUAAUUGCUCUCGUGAUAGAAGUAGAGUUAUUCUUCUCUAUGAAACCACAGCUGGACAAUUAAUCACAUUAACGAGUCAAAUCUGAUGUUUCUUUGUAUUUUAAUUUUCUUUACAUAAAUCUUUAGAAAGGGAAGUGGCAUUAAGACAAAAUACAUAUAGCCAAACACUGUGUGUGAAGUUGGAACUCUUUGGUGUGUGUGUGUGUGUGUGUGUGUGGAUCAUCAACAGUUGCAGCUAAUGGACUACGACUUGAUUCCAAAGUUAAUAACCGUGACACAGUAGCAACAUUUUGCUCUUUUUGCGUUAACCAAUUAAUAAUUCAGUUUUUGGAUGAAAGUGUCGUGUUUGCUUAAUUUGUUAUUCUUUUUGGCCAAAGUGCCGCCGAGUUUUAUUUGUUUGUUUUUUUGCUUCAGCCGCUUCGUCUUAAAGCAAAACUUUAAAGUCUGGACCGAUUUAUUUAAAUAGGAAAUAAUCGGAGUCAUUAGGUUCUCUUGAGAUAACUUAUUGCUUCAGUAUUUUACUUUACAUUCAUUUCCUCAUGAGGGAAACUGAGUUUUCUCUUAAUUUAAUUCUUAUUUUUUUAAUGGAGCCAAGAUCUCCAAAUGUUUCCGGAACCUUAAUGACUGCAACAAGAUAUAUAUAUAUAUAUAUAUAUAUGUAUAUAUAUAUAUGUAUGUGUACAUAUAUAUAUAUGUGCAUAUAUAUGAUAUGUAUAUUAUUUAUAUAUAUAUAUGAACAUAUAUAUGUGUAUAUUAUGUAUAUAUAUAUUAUAUGCGUGUAUAUAUAUAUUAUAUUUUAUUAUAUAUAUAUAUAUAUAUAAUUGUUCAGAUUCAAACCAACACUGUUUGUGUGGCUCUCGGCUCCGAGUCUGUUGGUUCCUACAGUUCAAAAAACACAAAUAUAUAAUUUGAUAUAUAAUUUGAGCUCAAAUUAAUUAUUUGUAUGAAACAAGCAGGAGGAAACGUUGGAUUUGUUGACAACAAGACAAAAACGACAACAACAGACGACUUUCACAAGUCUUGAGAUAAAACGUGGAACACGAACCAGCCGGUGAAACGAUGGCGAUCAAUACCCAGCGUCACCACAAGGGGGCGGACUUGUUCAUGAGGUGGUUUUACACAUUACAUCAUGAUUCCAGUCUUUUUGCGAGCAGUAAAAGUUUGAAGCGGACCAAAGAGUUUAAAGUUUCCUAAAUAUUUUGUACGCAUCUGUUUUGUUUGUGACGCCCAGCCAGUGUUUUAUAUUUUACUUUUUAUUGUUUUUUCCUUUUUUAAUUGUCACGUAAAAAGAUUUGUUGCAGCUUUUGUUCGGCUGGCAUCGCUUGUAAUUUAGUAGUUUAAAAAAAGGAUAAGAAAAUAUAUUAUUGAAAUACAAAUAUAUAUAUAAAGAGUAAUAUUAAAAUCCUUCUUCUUAUGGGCCUCAUCCCAUCGUGCCGUACAUCUCGACCUCUUUUCUUUCUCUUUGUCUUGCAGUCGUAGAGUGAGAGUCAAAGUUAUUAUUACAGCUCACAAGUAGGUAUUCAACUUUAAAUAACAAGCCUCUUAUAAGUUAUAAUGAGUUAAUUGAGUCUGUUCCCUGUGUGUGUUUUGUUACUGUGAAUGUGAGACAGGAGUGUGUAGAGAGAGAGGGAGAGAGAGAGACGUGUGCAUGCCCUCCUCUGAGCCUCUCAUGCCUCCAGCAGCUGGUCGUCCCGUAUGGUUUCUCUUCAGCCUUAAAAAUCAACAAAUCGCAAUUUUUAUUUUAUUUUCGAAUCUCUUUGUCAGUUUAAAGUUUGUUUUUGUUUUCUUGCUUUCAGAUCUCUAUGAAUAUAUACGUAGUUGCACCAUGUGGAUGUGUGUACCUGUUGACUAUAUUUAUUUGACAAGAAAAAUAAAUAUUUCUUGACUUCA